GUUGAUACCUAGAUUCUUCAUUACAGGAAGAUUUUAUGCAUCAGAAUGUCAACGUUCAUUGGGCUUAUCAAAGAAAUACCAGGCAUCUCGGUGGAUUGUUUUGAUCGAGAGAACAUUAAUUCUUCUGUGUAUUUCCUUAGCCAUUGUCAUUUUGAUCAUAUGCAAGGCUUGAACGAUGCGUUUUUUGAUCAUUUGAAACAGUAUAAUAAGUAUCUUUAUUGUAGUCGUAUUACUAAAGUUUUCUUAGAAAAUAAGUAUUAUAAAAAUCUGCGUAAUGUAGAAACUUAUGUAAAAGAUAUCGAAGUUGAAGAAAAAGUUUGUAUUGAAUAUAGAAGUAAUAGUAACAGCGAAGAGACUGAUAUUCUUUUUGUAACGUUUAUUUCUGCUGGACAUUGUCCUGGCUCGGUGAUGUUUAUUUUUGAGAAAACGAAUAAAUUAAUAUUAUAUACUGGAGAUUUUAGAAUCAAUCCAAGUGAUUAUCGUAAAAUAAAAUCACUGAAUUAUUACAAAGAUUUCACUGUAUUUCCAAAAAAGUUUGAUAAUGUGUAUUUAGAUACAACAUUUUUAAUUGAUUUCAUUCAUCUCCCGACAAGAAUAGAAAGUAUAAAUGUAAUGUGUAAAGUUGUGAAAGAAUGGCUAGAUGAAAGCCCAAGGAAAGUCGUUAUUCUGGAAUGUUCCGCUUUAUAUGGCUCUGAGUUUCUCUACAUGAGGCUGUCGAAAUCUUUGAAAACACUCAUUCAUGUUAAGGACUGUGUAUACAACAGUUAUAUUCGUAUCCCAGAGUUGGCAUGUCAUGUUACAAAUAAUCCACUGGAUGCACGUAUACAUGCUUGUAUGCAUAAACUAAUGAAAUGUCGUACCAAUGUCCUCCAGCAGGACAUAUUAACUAUCGUGCCAUCAGUACGAAAAUGGAAGGGACGUGAUACAAGUGUAGUUGGAGAGUGGGAUGAGAUUAGGGAAAAGACGUUUAAUGUAUGUUACUCCACGCAUGCUUCUUUUAAUGAACUUAAGGAAUUUAUACAACAUUUUAAACCAAAGAAUAUAUAUGCGUGUGUAUGUCCAAAAAAUGAAGAAAAAACAAUAUAUCGGUUGCUAGAUGAAAUUAGAAGAUAAGAAAAAGGCAAUGUAUUAUAUUUCUACAUUAUGAAAAAAAGCUAGGUUCUUAAGUUCGCAAAGUUAUGAAUAAACCUCGGAUUAAGUAUCUUAAUGAUAAUGACGAUUCUUAAAAUUAAGAAUUAAAAAGAAAAUUAAUAGAUAAUUUUUAAUGGUAUUAACACUUGAACUGCGGAUAUAAAUUAACCCAAUCAUGAUUCAAGAUAAAUCCAGCUUUUUACGAGGAAGUAUUGUCACCAUAAAAGUAAAAUUACUUGUAACUAAUUAUGAUUAUGAAAAGUCACAAAAAUCUAAAGCUCCACGUGCAAGUCCAAAUAAACAGAAAAACUAUCAGAUGGAUCAAAAG